AUGAAACAGACAGGGGGUGAGAAACGGUGGGGUAAGAGAGGACGCAGUUUAAUACGUAAUUAAAUUCUGUUCUCGCGCGCGCGGCACGGAUCGCGGCGCGUAGAAUCGAGAAUCUUCGUUUUUUUUUGUUUCCUUCGCGAUCGCGGCGUGUCGUUGGCGCGCGUGCACGCGCCAAGUGUCGCCGAUCCGCUUUCCGUUUCUUCCUUUUUUUUUUCUUUUUUUUUUUUUCACCAGUGUUCGACCCUUUCGGAGGGGGGAGGGGGAGAAACAGCCGGAACAGGGGAUGGAACGUAGAUUGAUCUGACUCGAAGGGAAGUUUUCACGAACGAACGACCAUUCUCGCCUGUCUUCGCUCCGAUCGUUCGAGCUUUUAAUUAAAGCGCGACUUCAAAAUUUUUAAUUAACGACACGGGCAAGAAACACGGGAGCGUCCGUCCCCGGGUAAAACCAGAUUUUUUGCAGACGUUUAUUUGGCAAAUCGAAAAUUGCUUCGCCUUUGCUUGUUAGAAUGGCGAUGCGAAUUCGUUCGGAUCGAUUCUUCUAAUUAAUUAAAUACUCUCGGAUUAUUGUGGUGGCUCGUUGCCAAGGGUUAAUUUUAUCAUUGAGACAGGGAAGUUUUUGGGAAUAAAAAUCUGAUGGCCAAGUACAGUUCACCGUGAUCUAUAAGAUGUAACAUAUACCAAGGAAAUCAACGUGAUCGACGAGUGUUAAUAUUCAAAACAAAAUAUUCAUCGCUCUUGCUGACUAGAGCUUGAUAAUAAGGAAAAUUAUAAUCAUACAAUGGUAUAGCUAAAGUAAAUUGUAUUACAUAUUGUAUCGUAUAUUAUACCAUCUUAAUUCACGUUCCUGCGAAGAAAAGCAGCUUUACAAAAUAAUUAAGGAUAGAAAGCGCACAACGAGCGCUAUUUAGUCCCGUCCAAUUUCCCGACAAAGAGGAGAACGUGAAAAAACGACGGAUCACGGUAUAUCGGCACGAAGAUGCUCAUACAAUACUCUCGAAAAUUACCUAACAAGAAUCAACGUCUCAUUGCUCGCUCAAAAUAUAUAUAUAUAUGGUCUGCAGUUUACAUCCGUCAUGUUUGUGAACAUCCUGUUUACAGGAGCUCCUCCAUACGGUUCGUAUACGUUCUUUUGUUGCGAAUAAAUUAUUAUUUGCCCUGAAUAUUCCUCAGAAAGGAAAGGGAGAAGAUGGCCGCAGACAGACAGACAGGGACCUAGAAUACCUCACGCAGUAAUGUUUGCGUGCAUUCUUUACGCUCAAUUGAGCGGGCAUAAGUUCUCGAGUGAGCGGCCGCUUUGCAACACGCUGGAUGAGCCCGAUGGAACACAAGGGAUGGAAUAUGUGUCUACGAGGCGAGGCCAACAUCUGUCGGCCCUCACAAAUCAUUCCAGCGUCCUUUACAGAUCGCAAACUAGGCACGAGCACCGGGGUGACCACUGA